UUUUGUGACAAACAGCUAGAAAAGUUUUUGUUGUACAGGCUCCAGUCUGGUUAGAAAACAACUAAUUCAAAAUAAAAACUAAGCGCGCUUUAUAUUGUGCCCUGCCACUACCGCAAAAAAGUUCCAGUCGCUUUCACUUUCCAGUUGACUGAUAUAAUUUCACUAAUUGGGAGAUUAAGGUAAGGUUCGAAAUUCUAUGGUAAGUGGCUAUGGGCAGAUCACAUUUUGAGGUUGUGGUUAAGAUCAACACGAAACAAGUUGGACUGUGAUGAAUUAAUUUCGAUUAUUUGACCAAUUCAAAUUUGGACAAACUCAUUAAUGAAAGCGAGUAUUUCAAAUGGGAACAAGACAGGUUCAUUAGUGAAACUCAAAUUCGAAAUUUUGAUAUUUUGUAAACCCCAAACUCGAAAAUACCACAAUGGAGAUCUGGCGUUGAUCACCGAUAGAUGCAAAUGUAUAAAACCCUCGCCUGUUGUGAGUAAUCUGCAUCAGUUGAGAGCUGACAGUCAACAACUCAGUGUGUACACUUUUAAAACCAGUCACACUUUAUCAAUUUAUUAAAAAUGAAAACCUCAUUGCUAUGUUUGGCUGCCGUAUUGGUUGGAGCUGUUGCUGUGCCGGAACCGGAUGCUGAUCCCCAAACUUAUUCAAAACCUGCCUACCCAGCAGUUCCGUCCGAUAACUGCAACCCUCGCAAGGCACCAAAGUGUUCGGAAAACAGCACUGAAACUUUCUGUCUCACAGACGCUGAAUACCCCGAAAAAGAAAUCAGAAGUGCCAUCAAGUACGACCCGUUGGUGCUGCAGAGGUACUAUGAUAUUGCCAAACAGUCGGCCGACAACUUGGUCGAUGGACUGACAUCUUUAUCGGAGAAACAUUACGACUACUCCAACUACACGGGCAAGACUUUCGAGAUGUCCAACUGGAUCGGCGAGGAGGGAUACAUUUGCCCCAGCAAUGUCCAUUACGCCCGUCCUCUGCGCGCUCUGAACGUUGACGGUGAAUGGCGUGCCAUCAUUCAAGAUAUCGCCUGGCCGAGAUACACGCAGACCCAACGUGUCGAGACUUGCUUGUUCUCCGGCUCCUCUUGCCGCACUUUGGCUCCUUGCUAUGGUAGCAAAUGCUUGCAAAAGUACGUCUACCAGCGCAUGUUGUCCUUUGAUCCUUGCGAUGCCAAAAAGGGAAUUUUCAUUGACCUUUACAAACUGCCAUCGGCUUGCUCUUGCCACAUUCCCGGUAAACUUCAUUGAACCAAUGAUCCCUAAUAGAUAAUAUUAAUCUUUCCUUUAAUUAGCCUAAAAUUUUUCUCGCAAUUAACGAAAAGUACGUCUUUUAUGGUAAGGUGAAAACGAAAACUUAUUUUUGUGGGUUGAAUUAUGACAUUCUUAUCAACAUACCGCAACUAGUGAAAGAGAAAUUAAUAAAGCGUUAACUCAC